GGGAUUCCAGCCUUAGUGUAUUAUAGAAGUCUGUGGCCGAUUGUGAUUUGAUGUAUUUAUAGUCCGCAGUCCGCAGUGUGUAAAAGUUUGACAGUUAAAUUGUAGAUUUUACGAAAAAUGGCUUAUUCAAAUAAUAUUCUUCAAUCACACGCAACUGCAGUUUCAGAAUACAUGGUAUCAGAUUGGCUUAAUUCAGAACAAAGCACAGGGACGUCAAUCAUGGCGUGCGAGUUCAACGGUGGCGUUGUAAUAGGUGCCGAUUCUCGGGGUACAACAGGAGCCUACGUCUCUAAUCGUUUUGCUGAUAAAUUGACGAGAGUGACAGAUUAUAUUUAUUGCUGUCGUUCCGGCUCUGCGGCAGACACUCAGGCGAUUGCUGACAUUGUGGCUUAUCAUUUGGGAUUGCAUCAGAUGGAACUUGGAACGCAACCCUUGGUAGAGACCGCUGCGAACGUAUUCCGUGAAAUAUGCUACAAUUACCGAGACUCUCUAAUGGCUGGAAUCCUAGUUGCAGGAUGGGACAAGCAAAAGGGUGGUCAGGUCUAUAGUAUUCCAAUAGGCGGUAUGUGCGUCAGACAGCCGAUUUCAAUUGGUGGUUCUGGUUCAACGUAUGUGUACGGCUACGUGGAUGCUCAAUUCAAGUCUAAUAUGUCAAAAGAUGAAUGCCUCAAGCUAGUGGAGAACACACUCGCAUUAGCCAUGGCUCGUGAUGGUAGCAGCGGCGGUGUGAUAAGAACAGGCGUGAUCACAGAGAAGGGAAUUGAGAGAAAAGUUAUAUUAGGCAACGAAUUGCCGCGCUUUUAUGAAGGUUGAUGAUUAUUAUCGUUCGACGCGAUACAUUUAAUGUAAACUAUGUAUUUAUAAAAAUUUUUUGAAUACAAUGCCGCAUUUGCUAAUUAAAAUUAAAAGAACAGUUAUAAUUUUCUUCUCUCGUUUUUUGAUGUUUAUCCUGAGAUUAUAGUAUAGAUAUUUUAACAUGUAAUGAAAUAUAAAAAUAUUGGAAAUUUUCAA